CAAAUCAGUGUCAAUAACGUCACGUUAAACUACGCUCUCAACACAUCCAAAAAUAAAAAGAUCACAAAGCAACUAGGGGAGACCUAGCCAACGUCACCAUGUGCGCAUCGUAAUUCGGCAGCCACGAAUUUGCCCGUUUUUGACCUACAUUGGCAGUCUAAAGCUGGAUAUUCAGUCUGUUGACAAGGCUGUAGCCACAACCAUCAGUAAAGCUGCAUGCAUUAAAUUCAAAAGAUUUGAUCAGGGCUUUCAUUGGUGCUUCAUAGCAAAAGGAUUACGGGUGACCCAUUGUUACUGAAUCACAGGAGCUAUUUCAUUUUUCCGUCCUCACCAGCAUGAGCCUUUCAUCAAGACAGCAUCUUUUCCUGUCCAAAUUUCUCAUCUGAAAGGUAUAACGGUUCAUUCAAAUGGAGAAUGUCUUGGAAAACAACAGCAAAGUCGUUUGGGAUCUUUCUUGUGGUUGGUGCUCUGCUACUCAUUCUUUUUCAGUGGACUUAUGUGCGAAAUGUCUUCCCAGCAAUAAAAUCAACCGAAUCAAUUCAAAAUUUAGACGUUCGUCGCAAAGUUAAGACCAGUAGAGAUGUACGAGUGAGUCAAAGGAAAUUACUGCAAGAAUUAAAACUCGUUUUGGUGCAGAGGAAAAACACGACGGCAAGCAUGGAAAGUUGGAAAAAGAAGAAAAAACAAAUAUGCGGUGUAAAAUGGCAAGAUAAAUAUAAAAAACUUCAUCAAGAUAUUCUAGAGUCAAGGGUUCCUCCAAGAUAUUUGGUGUUUAAUUGUGGUGGCGUUGGUUACGGAUGCGGUGGCUAUGGCAACCGAAUUAAUGGUAUCACCUCGUUACUUUAUUUGGCUGUAUUAACUAAACGUGCGCUUUUAAUCGACUGGAAAUCAAAUAUUUCUAUCACGGAAUACUUCUCACCCAAGAACAUUAAAUGGGAUUUCUCUCAAGCAAAAUUACGAGGGCUUAAAUCACGGCACCAUUUCUGGGGGAAAGGUUUUCACAAGAAUGUACCCAUUGAGACUGUGCGACCGGGAUAUACUUUUGAUGAAGUAAUCAAGUGGUUACUAAAAACCGAUCUUGAGCAUUACUUUGAUCAUGAAGUAGAGUACAUUAGCACUCAAUGGUACUUUGCUCCAGCUAUACGUCGGAGUAAAUACCUUGGUAAAACAGCUAGAGACGUGACAACAAAACGACGAGGCCACCGGUACUCCUUGAUAGGAUGCGCAUUUGACUUCUUAUUCCAGCAAACUCCAAUGUUCAAAAAACUUUUGAGUAAAACUCGAAAGUCCUUGAAUUGGAAAUCUGGGAUCCCUAGGAUUGGUAUUCACUUCCGUGCUGGUGAUGUUCCAGCGUUUCGUACUAACAAGAAAUCAAAAACACCAAUAUAUUCAGCCUUGGAGCAAUUUUUUCAAUGCGCGAAAAAGUUGGAAAGGCUGUUUAAGAAAAUCGAUCCUUCGCUUGACACUUCUUCUAUAGAAUGGUUUCUGGCCACUGAUACCAAAGAGGUUAAAUACUACGGAGAGAAAAAGUAUCCAAACAAAGUCACGUACCUUGAUAUCAAAAUAGAACAUAUCUCUAUGUCCGACCCCUCCCGUCUUGGGAUAGAAGGGGUGCUCUUAGACAAUGCUUUGCUUGCUGAGUGUGAUAUUCUUAUCAUGUCAGAUAGCUCGUUCAGUCGCGCUGCACUCGGUAUGGCGUUUCAUUCACUUAUCGUUAAUGCUUUUGGAGACAACUGUAAAUAUUGAGAACAGGGGUGAAUCAGUUGAUAAGCGUGUAUAAGAUGUCUAUACUUCAAUUCUACACCCUUUUUGUUUUCUCUCCAAUCGUCAGUGUAACUCAAAGAUACUAUCGUCAGUGUAGCUAUAAAGCCCUUACACUAAUAGUCCCUUUCACAGUUCCCUGCGCCAUCUUGAAAGGUAGUCGUACCUUUGCAUCGAAGCGAGACGAACGGCGAGCUUGCAAUGAUAGAGACAUGUGAAUAAUUGUCCAAGGUGUUAAAAAAGGUCUCUAUCAUUGCAAGCUCAUCGUUUGUCUCGCUUCGAUGCAAAGGCACUGCUUCUUUCAAGAUGGCUCAGGGAACUGUGAAAGGCGACUAUUUUCUAUCCCUUUCUUUUGAUGAUUAAAGUCUAUAUUGAUAUUUAAAUUUUUUUCGCUUUUGUCCCCAAGGAUGGGAUUUAGUAUAAGAGGGGAAAAUUAUCUUUAUGAUUUACCGGGAUGUAUGUAGCUUAUUGCUCUAUUCUCGCGUAUGUAGCGCAGACAAAGCACACUGAUGAUGAGAGUAAACGUGCGCAUUGUCGGCUAACGCUUCGUGGCCAAAAUGAAAAGAACCAAUUUAAAACCAGAAAUAAACUACAGAUAAAUAAAGAGAUACAAACUUAAUUUCUAUUAAAUAUUUUCUUAAAAUUAAAUGGUUGUCUAUGUAAA